AUGCCCCGUGUGCCAGCGUCCCAUGGAAAAGACCGUGGCCGGUGGAGCGGUGCAGUGGCCUCGUGGCCUCGUGCCAGCUCACUUGAGAUCAGUGUUUUGGCAGAGGGCUUUCAAGUGGGAGAUCUCCCAGGUGUCCAUGUGGCGAGCUGGGUUUCCCCCGUGCCUCUGGUGGCUUCCUGGCGCCUCGGCAAAUCGCUCGGAGAUGCCCCUCUUAGCUCUGUCAAGGGCAUAGUUCCACACGAUCUUACCAUCGCUUCGGCGAAGACGGCCGAGGAGGUGCUCAACGCCAAGGCACCACCACAAGCCGUGGAACAGGAGGAGGAACCAUCGCUGCUGAAGCGCCUCCCGUUCGUAGAGCAGACGGAUGCCAUCGCCGGCGCGUUGGGCCUUCCGCAGAGCCAGGAGGUCGAGAAGCUGGGAAGAGAGCUCCUGAAGGAGCCCCAGCGCUUGCUCGGAGGCCCCUUGCAGCCCGCUGGCACCUCGACCUUCCAGAGCCCGCUGGUCUCCUUUGCCUACGAGCGUGGCUGGCGCAGGAGCUUUGCCAGUUCCGGCUUCCCGGGGCCAGACGAGGAGUUUCGCCUCGCCCAAGACUUCCUGCGCGAGGGCACCGGCCUGCUCGGGGACACGCUGCUAGAUGCAUCUUGCGGGUCGGGCCUCUUCAGCAGGCGGUUUGCUGCUUCCGGGGACUAUUCCACGGUCGUCGCCCUGGAUUUCAGCGAGUCGAUGCUGCGACAGGUGGAUGAUUUCGCCAGACAGGAAAUCGGACCCGACUAUGCACAGGGCGGAGAGGGCAAAACUGCUCUCCAGCUGGUUCGAGCAGACAUCGCUCGCCUGCCCUUCGAGUCCGGCUCUCUUGGAGGGGUUCACGCAGGUGCUGCCAUUCACUGCUGGCCAAAUCCAGAGCUUGCCGUCGCCGAAGUCUCCCGAGUCUUAAGGCCCGGUGGCGUCUUCGUGCUCACGACCUUCAUGCCCAGGGGCCCGCUGCGCGCGAUGGGCACCAAUCGAAACCCCUACAAGUUCUGGACAGAAGAGGAGUUGCGUUCGCUCACCAGCCGAUGUGGUCUUUCAGAUUUCCAGGCGAUUAUCAAGGAUCCAGCCUUCAUCAUGGUGCGUGUCAAGAAGCCCGCGGCGUCCACGCCCACAGAGUCUGCAUGA